GAUAGCGAUAAAUACCAGUUGGAUAAAGACGUGUACUGCAGUGUUGAAUGUGAUAUGAACAGAUAUUAUACACCGAUUGUUAUAUAUACGUGAACGUUAUUUCUGUUGAGUGCAAUAUUCUAUACGAUAUUGGUUAUUCUGAUUUUGUAGGCUGUUUACCAUAGCAACGGAAAUAUGAAGGAACAAAAUGACCACAGGAAUACUGGUACGGAGCGUCUUAGUGAGAGGCGGAGCGGGAACAGUACUAUUUGUACAAAGGAGCCAGAGACUCGCCAGGUGGAACUCAUAUCUAAUAACGUGCGUCAGUGCAAUUUGCAGGACGGUGUAUCCUCAUUUUGCUGUGACUGCAAUUCUAAUGUAUGUGUACAAUGCGAAAAAAUCCACGGCUCGCAUCAGACAAUCAAGGUAUGCGAGGGCAGUAGACUAGUUAAAACCAACAUGAGCAAAAAUGUGAAACAGCUGAGGAACAUGAUUCUGUACGCUAACGUUGUUAUGAAGGACAUGGACUCUUACUUGGAUAAACUUGACGUACAUUUAGCGGAAAUCACGUCCGAAGUAAUGGAACGCGCCCUCAUGCUACCGGAGGGGUGCCAGAACAUUAGCGAUGCCCUGAUUAAUGACAUUAAAGCUGAACAUGAUAUUGAAACGGACAGGGUCCGAAACAAAAUCUCGGAGUUCGAACAGUUCGUCGCCAGUGCCAAAUCGCUUUUCAUAAGCUGCGAAAACAUGACAAAUUCCACUGACGAUGCUUUUGUGACGGCGAAAGGAAGCGGUUUAAUCAAGAGUGUAAAGGGUUUGAUUGCCGAGUUACCUGAACCCCUAAAGGAUCGUUGUUUGUACGUUCUUACUCCGGUGCCAAAGGUCACUGACGAUCAGACAUUGACCGCCGAACAAAUUGCUGGUGAGUUCUCUAAAGUUUCUGUACCAUGGAGAAUCGAGGUGAAAAGAACAGGCUCUUUCAAACCAGACUCUCUGAAUGCUCGUUUUGUGACCACAAUGUGUCCAGCGAACGAUGAGGAUGUCUGGGUCGUGUGGCAAUGGGGUCCACAGAUUCACCUUGUGGACAAAAACGGUAACGUUAAGAAAACAAUCAGUGUUGGCGUCAAGGUGGACGAUAUAUGUACCCACGGAGACACCCUUGUCGUAUCCAGCCACGAGGCAAAGUGCAUUAAAAUCUUGGACAACAAUCACGAGGUCAUCAAAACAAUAUCGAUGGACCUCGUACCAAGAGGGGUGAUGUUCAAUGACUCGAACGAGCUAGUGACAUGCUGUGUACAAAAUUUGCAUCACAAGAAAGGGGACACAAGUACCGUGAUGGUUACAAACGUCGAAAGAGAGGAACAGACGGAACUCCCGUGCAGGGAACAUCUCGUGCAGCCCUGGCGGGUCGCCGUAAACGUCAACGACGAUAUUUGCGUCUCCGAUCGGAACAAGGGCCAAGUCCUGAUAUUCGAUCACGAAGGAACGCUGAAAACGUCUUACAGCGGACCAGACAACGAUACACGCCACGCCCUAGCUCCUCACGCAAUCGUAUGUGAUAAGUAUGGACAAAUACUCAUUGUGGACUACACAAACCACACAGUGCAUGUGCUUGACCCCCUCGGGCGGUUCAGGGGCUUCCUAAUCAUGGACACGGAGCUCGAGAAAAGGGCAAUCUUUAUGGGCACUAGCUCCCCGUUCGCCAUUACUGUGGACUCUGUGGGAGAUGUAUGGGUGGGGAAUAAAUUUGGGUAUCUUACUGUGCUCAAGUAUUGUGUUUGAAAGCUCAUGUAAUUGUAUUUCAAGAAAUGUGUUUAAGCAUAAAGUGCUCUUACUUCGAAGCUUUGUCAAUCAUUUUGAUGAAUUAUUUAUUUACUAACAAGGCGGCUGUUGCACUGGAAAAACACUCUCCUAAGCCAAAUUAUAGAAGUUCUAAUUCAAUUUGUUUUAGAACAAGAGCUUCUAGCAAGUAUUAAAUAUUAAAAUGUAUUAAACUAAGUAGGGCAUAUUUAUGUAUCUUUUUUCUUUGCAAUUUUGUUCAAUGUUUUAUCACAACUUUUUGCAAAAUGCAUUUCUAGUUUUCUACUGUGUAACUUAACAUGGAAUGUUUGACUAAUGAUAAUAUUAAAUGCAUUUCGUUUUGUUUUUUCCGAGGGCAACACCCCCGCAUAUUUAAAUGACAUAUGACAUAUUACAGAAAUUAAUUAACUGUCUUAAGAUAUGUCAGACUCAGAAUUGUGAUAUUAGUUGUUAUUAUUAUUACUGUAAAUAUUGCAUACACAAUGAAAUUGUUGUUCGUACAAUCAAAUUGGCAUUAUGAUGUUAGCAUGAUGCAGGUUGUAUUUAUUGGUGGAUGAUGUACUAAUGCCAUUGUAUUGUUGUCUCGAUUUAAUGUGAUUCCAUUAUGAUAUUUGUCCUGAUAAAUGAUCAUGAUAUUAUUGCCAGUAAACAUACUAAAGAAAUAUU